GUUCUCAGGUAAUUAAUAAUUUCUUAACCUAUUUUAAAAUGCAUAGUUUGUCAGUUUAAACUGCAGUAACUACAAGGAACUACAAAUCAUUCGCCAGUUAAACAACACUUGAACACCCAAAACAGUUACCGUUCCAAUAUAUAACAUCAGAAAAUACACACAUACAUAAAGGAUAGCUACGUCUGGCGAGGAGCUGGGCGGACAGACAGUGAAAAUGCGUUUCACAAUCAUUGCUUGCCUCAUUAUUGGGGUGCUGAUCAACUAUGCUGCUGGCGUUGAUCCAACAAAUUUCAAGACAUGCGAGCAGAGCAGCUUCUGCAGACGUUCGCGGAAGGUGCAAAGCACGGGCAGCAAAUAUGCCAUCAUACGUGGCACAGUGAAUACGUACUCGGACUCGCUGACCGCUGAUUUGAUCAACAAGGAGAAUCAUCAUCAGUUCACAUUGAAGCUGGAGGCGCUGGUCGGCAGCACGUUCCGUUUGCAAAUUGAUGAAAAGCAACCGCUGCGGCCGCGCUAUCGUGUUGAGCAUGCGCUCAAGGAUGAACCAAAGACGACACGAAUACGCGUCCAGGAGUCGGAUGAGCUUUCGAUUACGGUUGGCACUUCCAAGGCUGUCAUCCAUGGCGAUCCAUUUCGCAUUGAUUUCUAUGAGAACGAUGUGCUCGUCGUGGCGGUGAAUGCCAAAAAUUGGCUAUACUUUGAGCAUCUGCGCCAGAAGGCAAAAGCGCCCGCUGAACCAGCGGAUGGUGGAGACGAUGCCCAGCAGCAGCAGCAGGAGAAUGCCGAGGCAGCACAGCCCGCGGGUGAAACGGUUGAUGAUCCAGGCGCAUGGGAGGAGAAUUUUAAAUCGCAUCACGAUUCUAAGCCCAAUGGACCCGAGGCAGUUGCUCUUGAUUUCUCAUUUCCAGCCACUGAAGUGCUAUUUGGCAUACCCGAGCAUGCCGAUAGCUUCGCGUUGAAAUCAACUUCCGGCACGGAGCCCUAUCGCCUCUACAAUUUGGAUGUAUUUGAGUACAUACUGGACAGUAAGAUGGCCCUCUAUGGCUCUGUGCCAGUGAUCUAUGGUCAUGGACCCGAACGCACUGCCGGCGUCUACUGGCAGAAUGCCGCCGAGACCUGGGUGGACAUCUAUACGGCCGAGACGAAUGUGGUGUCCUCGCUGGUUAAUUUUGUGUCUGGAUCGCGAAAAUCGACGCCGCCGUCGGCACACUUUAUAUCCGAGUCGGGCAUUGUGGAUGCAUUCAUAAUGCUCGGACCCAAGCCAAUGGAUGUGUUUAAGCAAUAUGCAGCGCUGACCGGGACACACCCACUGCCGCAGUUGUUCUCGCUGGGGUAUCAUCAGUGCCGCUGGAACUACAACGAUGAGCGCGAUGUGACCUCCGUUUCGGCCAAGUUCGAUGAGUAUAAUAUACCCAUGGAUACCAUGUGGCUGGACAUUGAGUAUACGAAUGGCAAACGCUACUUCACCUGGGACAAAUUCAAGUUCCCCGAACCACUGACAAUGAUCAAGAAUCUCACCGAACUCGGCCGCCAUUUGGUGAUCAUUAUUGAUCCGCAUAUUAAGCGCGAUACUUCCUACUUCUUUCACAACGAUUGCACCGAAAAUGGUUACUAUGUGAAGACGCGUGAGGGCAAUGACUAUGAGGGCUGGUGCUGGCCCGGUCCCGCCAGCUAUCCAGACUUCUUCAAUCCGGUUGUCCGCGACUAUUAUGCUAGCCAAUAUCAGUUGUCCAAGUUCAACACGGUUACCGAGGAUGUCAUGUUAUGGAACGAUAUGAACGAGCCGUCUGUAUUCAAUGGACCCGAAGUUACUGCAGCCAAAGAUCUAGUACACUAUGGCAACUGGGAGCAUCGCGAUGUGCACAAUCUGUACGGCCAUAUGAAUAUCAUGGGCACCUUCGAAGGCCUCCAGCAACGUGAUCCCAAUCAGCGUCCAUUCAUAUUGACGCGUGCCCAUUUCGCUGGAUCGCAACGUUAUGCGGCUAUUUGGACGGGUGAUAAUAUGGCGGAGUGGGCGCAUUUGCAAUAUUCGAUUAAGAUGUGCCUGACGGAGGCCGUUGCCGGUUUCUCCUUCUGUGGCGCCGAUGUCGCCGGUUUCUUUGGCAAUCCGGAUAGCGAGCUUGUCGAGCGCUGGUAUCAGACCGGUGCAUUUUUACCCUUCUUCCGUGCUCAUGCCCAUAUCGAUACCAAGCGCCGCGAGCCGUGGCUCUUCUCCGAGCGCACACGCGAGAUCAUCAAGGAAGCGGUGAAGAUACGCUAUAGUUAUCUGCCGCUGUGGUACACAAGCUUCUAUGAGCUGGAGAAGACGGGUGCGCCGGUAAUUCGGCCAAUGUUGACCCACUAUCCAUUGGACAAGGAGACGUUCAGCAUUGACAAUCAGCUGCUGGUGCAACAGCGUCUGCUCGUCCGUCCCGUCAUGCAGCAGGGCGUUAGCAAAGUGGAUGUCUAUUUCCCGGCCGUUGACGACAAGAAGAAUGGCGACUAUUGGUACGAUGUGGAAACGUUUCAGCGACAAGAACGUACCGGCUACGAGAGCAUACCAGUUAACGAGCAUAAGAUACCCGUUUGGCAGCGUGGCGGCAGCAUUGUGCCAAAGAAGGAGCGUCCGCGUCGUGCCUCGACGCUUAUGCUCAACGAUCCGUACACAUUGGUCAUUUGCCUGGAUCGUCAGGGCAAGGCCGCUGGCACCCUUUAUCUGGACGAUGAGAAAUCUUAUGCGUAUCGGGACGGCAAACACAUCCAUGUGAACUAUGAGUUUGCCGAGAAUCAGCUGACCAAUCGUUUCAUUGGCAAGCCAAAUUACAAGUCCGACGCCUGGCUCGAGCGCAUUAUAAUCGCUGGGCUGGAACGUGUGCCCAGCAGUGCCACCAUUACGGUGAAUGGCAUCUCCCAGCAACUGGAGGUGGAGCAACGUAAUGGGGCUGUUGUUGUGCGCAAACCGUCCAUCAAAAUGGAUGUUGACUUCGCUGUGAAGCUAAACGCUUAGUUCUGGUAUUAAUCGAAAUUAUCGUGCUUGAAACCUGGCCAGCACUUAGGAUUCAAUUUUAUCCUCUCUUUUUUUUCUCUAUCUUUCUUUUAAUUCCAUGUAUGCUCCUAGUUGUUAGUUAAGCGUUUUAUAUGAUUGCGAGUCCACUGUGGAUAUUCGUUGCGUACAGCCAAAGGCGAAUCUAAAUUCCAAUAAAUAAAUUAUUUCUAUGCGAGUUUAGUCAUUGACUAGCCCAACUCAGCAGCUGUCUUGGUCAACCUUUGAAAAA